AUGAAUGAGUGUGAUUGGAAGCUGAAGGGCAUCAUGAAUGGGAUUGAUGCAAACGAAGGGAACCCACAGUUUGAUGUUUACCUGGCAUUGGAGGGCUACACCAAUUACUCUGCGGAGACUCUUCAGACURGCAAGCCUCAAUGCAAAGCAGCUCUACAAAGGGAGCUUGGUCUUCCUCUUCGGGAGAAUGUUCCUCUAAUUGUGUUCAUUGGCAGGCUUGACCAUCAGAAAGGUGUUGAUCUCAUUGCUGAGUCCAUUCCUUGGAUGGUGGACCAGGAUAUGCAACUAGUCAUGUUGGGCACUGGGAGACCUGACCGGGAACAGCUUCUCGAACAUUUUGAGAGUCAACACCAUGACAAAGUCAGGGGUUGGGUUGGUUUCUCUGUGAAAAUGGCCCAUCAAAUAACUGUUGGUGCAGACAUCCUACUCAUGCCUUCUAGAUUUGAGCCAUGUGGACUGAACCAGCUUUAUGCACUGAGCUACGGGGCAGUCCCU